GAGUUGAGUGCUGUAGAUGAGGAUGGGUUGACUCCUUUGAUGGUUGCCUUGAACAAGAGCAACACAGACAUGUUUGAAGUUCUUCUCAACAACAAUGCCAACCCAGCUUUUGGUCUACAGAACACUGGACAAAACAUCUUGCACAAACUGAGUGCUUUUGGAUGGGAUCUCAAGGCACCUCUUCUAAUGAAAAAGGUGGCAAAUAUGUUGGAUAAAUCUACUAGAAUGGAACUGGCCAGCGCCGUGGACAAUACUGGUUUUACACCUCUGUUACAGGCUUGUGAGGCACUUGUGGCUAGCCACAAACCAAAGGAUUGGAAUGGACAAAGCAUUUUAGAGAUUUUAAUUGACGAUUUUGGAGCCGAUCCUACUGCCCGUGUUGGGAAAAUUAAGAAAGGAGAGAAAGUUCAAAGAAGAUCUCCAGAAACAUUGAGCUUGAGAGUCAACAGGAAAAAGGAUGAGAAGGAGGAAGACGAUGAGUAUGGAGUCACAGGAAAGUUCUCUUGCCUCCAUUUUCUUACUCUCCAUUAUGACCAUGAAAAGAAAGAUGAAAAGAAUGAACUUUUAGAUCUACUUUUUGAAAAGCUCCCUAGCAGCAGUGACAUCAUCAACUCACGUGAUCGUCAUGGCCGAACUCCUCUACACCUGGCUAUCAACUGGCACAGACCUUACUCAAUUGAGCCUCUGGUUAAAAGAGGUGCCGAUGUGAACCUACUCUCUGAAGAUGAACGAGAUCUCUUUGCCACUCCUCUUAUCAUGGCAUGCAGACCAAGCUUACAGUAUGAUGAAGCACUCUGUCUUCUACAAAUGAGGGCAGAUCCUAACUUGGUUGACAAGGAUGGUCGUAGUGCUCUUUCUCAUGCWGUUGCUAAUGACCCAGACAGUUCUGGAGAACGUUUGAGGUUAGCAAAGACUCUUCUAGAAGCAGGAGCACAAGUCAACUCCAUAGACAAUAAAGGUCGUUCCAUUCUUCAUUAUACGGUUAAUAAAACAACUGGAGGUUUUGAGACUCUGACAGAGCUGGAAGAUUUGUUGUUGAAGUAUGGAGCUAAUACUGCUGCAAGAGACUUUGGAGGGAGGAUUCCACUGCACUAUGCUUUCGUCAAAAUUGGGAGACACACCGACUCUAGUCUAUCAGAUCCAGUGUCCAUCACAAGUCUACUGGUUGAAGCUAUGGCAGAGCAAAACCAGGACGUGAUAGCAGUACUUAACCAUGCUGAUAAAUAUGGACAGACACCUUUACACAGGGCAGCUAUUAGAGGUUCUACUCUGUGUGUGCUAAAUCUGUUGAAGAAAGGAGCUCGUCUAGACGUACAAGACAACAAUGGCAACACUCCCUUAUCACUAGCUAUACGAGAGAACCAUAACAGCUGUGCAAUGGCUUUAAUGCAAAUGAACGCCCCUCCAGACUGCACAGUCAUCACCCCAGUGACACCUCAACAGAUUGAAGACUACAAAAAAGAGAAGGAACGCGCAAGGUGGAUCUGGAAAGAGUUGUCCAAUGUCAAAGCUCCCCAGCCAGUAAUAAGAUCAGCAUUCCAGGCUGUGGUUGAACAAGACUGGCAAGGCGUGGCAUACCUGAUGCUUGAAGUAGCAGGACUUGACUUUAUCGUUGCUUUAAGGGCAGUUCUUGGCGCCCGUAAAGUGGACCUUGCUUGGACGCUAYUGAGAAAACAAAAGAAAGACGUUUUUGUUCAAGGGGUUGAUGAUAAAGGAAGGAACAUACUUCAUYUAUUGGCCCUGCAUACUACGGGAAACGAAAACAAUGAUGUAGUCGAAAAGAUCGCCGUACACCUUCUUCAAAGAGGCGUUUCUCCGUCAUCCCUGGACAAAGAAGGCGCCAUUCCUCUACAUUAUGCUGCUUGUAAUGGCAAUGGAAACCUCUGCCAAUUACUCUUACGAUAUAAUCCAUCUACCAUCAACACAGUACAUCCGUCUGGCAUGACUCCUCUAGCAUGUUCCUUUGACUGUACCAAUUCAAGUUACAAUUUUAAAGAGAUAUUCAUCAGUGCUAAACCMAAGACCUUAGAUGUAUGCUAUAAAGUUGGUGGACUGGAUGACUUAAAGCAAGACACCACGACACCUCUUAUCGAGGCCUGUUUUGGAAACGAUAAAAAUCUUGUUGUUUUGUUGCUGCAGAGCGGAGCAAGUGUGAACUUUGCGAAGGCUAACGGAAGAACACCGCUGAUGGAAGUAGUGCGGGCUAACAUGGAGGACAUGGCCAAACUGCUUCUCUAUGGAACAAAAGAUAGAGCCCAGUGGAAGGGUAACAAGACKAAAGUCAACAUGGCUGCUACUGAUAAUGAGGGCAAAACUGUUAUUCAUCAUUGUAUACAGAGCAGAGAGUACGGUUCCCACGAGAAUGUUACAAUGCUCUUGCUUUUGGCCACGUUUGGUGCACCCCUUGAAGUUCCUGACAUUGCUGGCAAGACUCCUUUACAAUACGCCAUGCAGCAACGGUCUGGAAAAAUGAGAGAAGCUCUUGCUGACCUAAUUGAAGACAAAAGCGAAUUACAGGACGGCGAAGAAACCAUGGACAUCGACCAAGAAUUGGGUUUCCAAUUUGACUCCACCCUAAACGCAUACUGGGAAGGCCCAGAACCUGACGUCGACGCUGACUCAGAAGCCAUGUUAACUCAGGCCAGGGAUCUUGAUGAAGUUCUUGAUAACGAAGAUGAUACUAAAAGUAAACCUCCUCCAGUUGAUGAUCAGGCCAAUGUUGAGAACGGGGAGGUCUACAUUGACCCUAACACAGGGAUCCCAUACGAUAUUCUUAUGACCAAGGUGGACGUCAAGUACGGAAUGUAUGGACUUAACAACUUCUACAAAAUGCAGGUCGUACACCACAAGGGCAAAGACCUGUGGGUUCUGUURAAUCGAUGGGGUCGCAUCGGUAGCUUUGGACAACAUCAAAGAACCCCCUUCAGAAACCCAGCCGAUGCCACUCUUGAAUUCCGMAGGAUUUUCCGCAGCAAGACUGGAAACAACUGGGAAGAACUGAUGUCGAGUUCCUGAAUAAGUUCCUUAGAAAUUUGAAGCUGAGAGAUCUCUUAAUCGACAUUAACUACAUGCCGUUUGGACGCUUGUCGACUGACACCAUUAACAAGGCUCGUGAAAUUUUACUCAGCAUCAAGAAAAUAGUAAGUGGAAUCGAUAUGGAAAAMCUGAAAGCCGAGGAGCAUAAAUUUGAACAGAUUGCAGACCUUAGUAAUUCAUACUUCAUGUUGAUCCCCAUGGCCAACUACGCCUACGAGAGCAUCUCUCCACUGAAUGAAGUCAGAGAUAUCGACGCUCAAAAUCAACCCUCUGGACUACUGCUAUCGAGCCUUGGGAGCCCACGUGGAGCUAAUGGACUGUGAAUCUGAUGAAUGUCAACAAAUCUUGAAGUACAUCCACAACUCCAAGGCAACUGGCAGAAGCCACUUUAAGUUCGAUGUACAAUCCAUAUACCGCAUCUCUCGACCCGGAGAGAAUCAGCUCAUGACGUCAUGUGGUGUACCGUCCAAUYAUCGACUACUAUGGCAUGGAACCAAGACUGCUAACCUGAUKGGGAUCCUUAAACAGGGACUAMGAAUYGCACCUCCAGAGGCACCCACCACAGGAUGGUCCCUUGGCAAGGGUAUUUAUUUCUCAGAYAGCUUAGAAAAGUCUCUCAGUUACUCUGACCUUAAUGAUUAUCGUGGAAACAACACUGGCUUUGUUCUGCUAUCUGAAGUCGCUUUGGGUAGUCAGUACGAAUAUCAACCCGGCUCCUACGAUCCAACCAAGGGUCYCUCAACAGGUUACAACAGUAUGUGGCUCACCACCAAAAAAAUUCCCSAUCCUUCCCACGAUGUGACCACGCCCUACGGUGCUGUCAUUSCCUCGGGUCCCCACAUCGAUAACAUCCCGCUGAUAGAGAAGUAUAAACAAAAGAAAAAGCCCUUGCAAAGUGGUUGGUACUCUCACAAUGAAUACGUGGUGUAUAGUGAGGCGCAGGUUCAGCAGAGAUACAUUGUCUGUUUAAAAAAAUAAACUGAGAAGAUAGGAGAUUGAACCAAUAAGCAUGCACACAAAAAAACACWACUAUCAAUUACGAUGCUUGGAGUUUGGAAGCCAUUUCUAUGCAUGUCUUAAAUACAUUUCGUUACUAAAAAAACAUUGGGAAAAUUGCAGUCAAAUGGCUUUCCAGUUGGACCAAUUAGAAAACGUAACGAAAAAAAAAACCCCAACUAAUUAGGGUGCUUGAAUCUAGAAUCCAUUUCCGUGUAUUCKUUAGUCAAAAAAACGUGGGGGAAUUGGCAGUCAAAUGGCUUUUUAGAUGGACCAAUAAGUAAGCAUUUACAAAGACACAAACCAAUCACAGUGCUCGAAUCUGAUAGCAAUUUCAGUGUCAUCCGUACAUUUCCUUACUCUAAAAGUAGGAAACGUAGGGAAAAAGUGACAGUCGAUUGGCUUACCUGUUGAAGAAGCACGAAAAAAGGCCCACCAAUCGCAGUGCUUGAAUCUGGAAGCCAUUUCAGUGUUAUCAGAACCUUUCCUUACUCAGUAACUAAGAAACUGUACACUAUGAUACUAUUCAGUUAUUUCAAGAAAUCUUUUUUUUUUCUUAUUUUACUUCCUUCACACGCUUCCCUGCUUGGCAGGUUCCCUUAUUCUCUUUUUGCUACGAGAAGGAAACCUCUGCCAAGAACGGUUAUCACUUUGCACCCUGGGUUGAUAUUUGCUCACUUCAUAAUGAAUAUUAAACUAUAGACAUACCAAGCAACAGAAUUUGAGAAAUUCUUAGAAUAAUAUUAUAAAAAUCRAUCAUCAAUUUCCUAGAAAUUUAAAAAUUAGGUCUAAAAUUUAAGAAAUUUUAAGGUGUCGUUGAAAAAAUUCGUAAAACUUGAUUAUUCUAGAUCAUUAGUAAUAAUGAAUAAGUUGAUAAUAAAUUGAAAUAAAUAAAAAUAUUAGUUUCGUUUUCUAUGGUAACGCAGGGUUCUGAAGAAAACCCAGAGAUAUUUUCACUGAAUUAGUAUCGUACUUGAAUAGAAUUCGUUAUCAAUAGGUUUAUAUUAUUAGAUUUAAAUUUAUUAGGUUGCCAUAUGCAUUAAUUGUAAUAAGGAGUGAGAGACAAGCACUCUAAAAACCAGUCAAAACUUAAAGAUGCAGUCAGCUAAUUUUUGUUCAUAGAGGCUUUGCAGCAUCAAGUGAUGAWAGGAGGCAGGAACAAUUKAAUCUGGUCUAAUCUGAUUUAAAUGAGAAAGAAUUCAGUUUCCCAGGAGAAAAAGAUGCUAUUGUUGUGCCUCCUKYYAUGGCUGCCRUCACGUGAUGGUGCAAAGGCUGUAUAGUUUAGCACAAUAAUUAUAGUUUUAAAUAGUCUGUAAUAAUCAGGAGUGUUUUAUCUGGUUCAAAACCACCAUAAGCAUAGCCGGAGAGUUUUUCAUUAUAUUCAUCGUGGCUAGAAAUACAGAAAUCUCUCGAUUCAUACACAGUAUUCAUAUCUUAUAUAUACCAUGUCGUGGAAAUAGAAAAAUAAAAUAGCUGUUAGUACAGUUAGUCUGGUGCUUGUGUGAAAAAAAUAAAACAGAACUCCACUGGCAAUAA